AUGGCAUUGAGAGGGAAGCACAGUGCUGAAAAAGAGAUUCGCGGCAAUCAUGUCGAUCAUUACAUGAGGCUUCCUGGGUGGAUGUACAUGCUGAGAGAAAGAAAUCCUGGAUCCAUAGUGCGACUUGAGUUGGACAAUGAUCAGAAAAGCUUCAAGUACCUAUUUGUCGCGUUAAGUGCAACUAUAAAAGGAUGGAAGUAUAUGCGUAAAGUUGUUGUUGUUGAUGCGAUAUUUUUGACAAGCGAAUACAAGGGAGCAUUGGUCGUGGCAACCGCGCAGGAUGGAGAACAUCACCAAUAUCCUUUAGCAUGGGGUGUGAUCGAUAGAGAGAAAGACGCUUCAUGGAGGUGGUUUAUGAAUAGAUUGAGCGAAGUAAUACCGGAUGGACCUGAUGUGGUUGUGAUAUCCGAUAGGCAUAAAAGUAUAAUGAAAGCUGUGAGAGAAGUAUAUAAACAAGCUGAUCACGCAUACACGGAGAAGGAAUUUGAAGAGUUGUACUCUGAUUUCAAGAACAGAUAUGCCUUGUGUGACCAGUAUCCCAAAGCGGCAGAGUACAUGGAAAAAGAAGAACUUGCUCCGGAGAAGUGGGCAAGGUGUAAAUUUCGGACUGAAAGAUAUAACUUAUUAACCACCAAUGGUGCCGAAUCAAUCAACUCCGUUUUGAAGAAGGCCAAAAG